CGAAUCUGUCGUUGGGACGCCAUCUCGCGAACAUACAUCAAUGAACAUUUCCGUGACAUGCACUCAAAAUAAUAAUCCAUGAAGUCAACCAGUCGUAAACAUGCUCGGAUCCGACCCGAAAUGCGCUGUCGAUUUGGGUUCUGGCAAUACAGAGCCUGAACAUCCCAGCAGCUCAAAUAGUCAGCAUCGAAGCGAAAUCACAUCUACCACGGUGACGCGGUCUUCCAUAGCAGUGGCAUGCGUAUCGUGCCGUAGUCGGCAUUUGAAAUGCGACGGGGCUGUGCGAUGUGCUCGUUGCGUGAGCGAGAAUCUGAGUUGUGUCUAUCUCAAAUCGAGAAGAGGCUGGAAAGGGCCGCGACGAACAGCGAAGGCCUCGAUACCUCAAAGCGUCGGUCAGAAUACGUUCGGUACGUAUCAGUUUUGUAAAAUUGAACUCGUCAUAUCCGAAAGUGCAAGCCAAGAACGAGAUAUCGACUGUCGCUUGCUACACCUCCUGUGAAACGGCACAAUUCCUAUGUAAGGAUCCAGCUCAAGCUGCUUACUCGGUUGUUUGUUUGAAUAGGAAUACAAGCACAAGGUGCUAGAACCAACGUUCAGCAAACUGAGCUGCCUCUCGCAAAGACAGAUGCAGCAGCGACCGUGCAAGAGCUGUCAUCUACCACAUCACCCGUGCGUUCGUCGCCUGACGAUGCCAUGAGACUUGGUUUUGAUGUUCAGACUCCGCCCAGACAACUUGUACCAGCUGGCCCAUUGACCCCUCCAUCAUUUAACGAUGCUUCUGAAACUGGUCUGAUGAAUGCUUUUUAUACAUACUUUCACCCAACCCAUCCUUUUCUACCACCCAAUCAUUGCUUAAACCUCUUUGACGGAUGGCAAACCUCUCAUCUUGAAUUGGCUAUGAAGUAUAUCGGAUCGCUAUAUAUCCCUUCGGCUAGGAGUGGGGAUUACCAAAAUGCGAUUCAGCAGCUCGUAGCGCAGGAUGCUCUUCCAAUGGACGGCACAAAGGUGCAAACCCUCCUAUUAUUCGCGAUUGGGCUCCACAUGUCAGGCUUUGAGCAAGAGUCUGCAGAAGUCAUGAGAGCCGUGGCUAAGCUGGCUUGCGAUCUCGGAAUGAACAGGAACGAGUAUGCCGUCCAUUUUGGCCAAGGUCAACCACUAUUAGAAGAGUGUUGGCGGAGGACCUGGUGGGAGGUCUUUGUCUGUGACGGCUUUUUUACCGGAGUAAACCCCAUGCACUAUCAGCUUACUCUACACGGAAUUAGGCAGGAGGUCUUUCUACCUUGCGAAGAGGACGAAUUUCUUUCCGGGCAAAUACCGCCUGUGUACAAGACACUCGAGGAUUACGAUUGUUCUGCCUUUGAAGAUGAGUCUACAGCGUUUUCGUCUGCAACAUACAGAAUUGAUGCUGUGCGGCUUUUGCACAAGGUUUGUGCUCUGCAAAGGAUGCAGGCUGAGAAUGCAACCAUAGACGCCCAGCUUGUCGCACAAGCAGAUGUGCAUCUCGCGAAUUGGUGGCUCCACUUACCACCGAACAAGAGAUCGGCAAUAGACAAGAUGGGCAAAGUUGAUGAGAUUUUGUUCGAGGCGUUCAUGAUUGCUUAUUCAUGCACCAUCAUUCUCCAUCGACCUCGUUCAGAUUUAAAUUCUGAUGAUGCGAGAGAUGUCACUACAUGUAUUGCCGCACACCAAACACCAAUACCGUCGGCAGGGCAGGAACUACACACUGCCAAAGCGCUCAAAGCAGCACAUGAUAUCUCAGCGUUGAUAACACUCCCCUGUCCUUUGCUUAAACACACACCAUUUUUCUCUUGUGCCGUAGUUAUGGCCUCGGUUGUUUUUCUCUCAUAUUGGUCAUUCAUUCUUACUCCCGAUGAUGAUUCUGCCAUCAAAGAGCAUAUCAAGCUCAACAUCGGAGUGCUAAAGCGACAAGGUGAGAUCUGGCCUAUAGCACGAACGGUUCUUAGCCAGGUUCGAGGCGUAGCACAAGAGAUUUUUCAAAGCAGGAAAGCGCUGAUGAAUGUGUAUUUACCAGCUGUGACAAGGGAGGAAGCGUUUCAAGGCAUUGUAGAAGAGUCAGGAACGCAGAUGAACGAUCAAAGUCUGUUUGGAAAUUUUAUCACGUUUGGAAACUUGGAUGAAAGCGGCGAUGGUGCAUCAGUGGGAAGACAUAAUCUCCUCAAUUAAUCCAAAUAACAGAAAACAAGGUAGCGAAGCAUGUGCGAUAUAAUAUGUUAAUCCUUUCAAUGCUAAC